ACGGCGGGCGCGCGGCCCUUAGUGCUCUCCGCGACGCGAUCGUGGCUGGUGGCAAGGCACAGGCCGCGCACUGCUUCCCCGCUCGCUCCUGGUCCGCGCUCACGCCUCCUCGCACCAAGGGCUCCUGCAGGACUCUCUACGGCCGUCGAGGGAGACCAUGCCAGAGAGCGGCCCGCGGCGCUCGCACUUAGGUUCCGUGUCGCGAGAGAUCACCGAAGGCUGACUGAGACGCCAAAAUAAAUGGGCAACGACUAGUUCGGGCAGUCAAGCAUGCCCAAGGGAGGCGAGGCCGUCUCAGUGCUCCUCUGAACACUGAGGUGAGCACAGGUUCAUACUCCUCCUCCUCCUCCUCCUCACCCUCCUCUCCAUCCUCCUCUUCCUCUCUCUCUCUCAUCUCAUCUCAUCCCGCGAGCCUUUGGAAGAGAGGCCCCCACCAAGGACACCAAGGGGCCCUUGUCAACCAGCCUGGGCAUCGAACCAAGCGACCGGUCCAUUUCAAAGGGCGUUUCCCACGAAGGAGGAGCCGAUCCUCGUGUGUUCUCUAGGGAAAGAGGAUUCCUAGGGACUUGGAAGAGAGCAGGAUGUCGACGACGACGCAGCAGCAGGCCACGCUGGUCCUGGAGGAUGGGUCGUCCUUCCCCGGCUUCGUGUUUGGCGCCCCCGUGUCCUUCGCCGGGGAGGUUGUGUUCCAGACGGGCAUGGUCGGGUACCCUGAGGCCCUGACCGACCCAUCGUACUGCGGGCAAGUGCUGGUCCUCACCUACCCUCUGGUUGGCAACUACGGGGUCCCGGACACCAGCGCCGUCGACCCGCUGGGACUCUCCAAAUGGUUGGAGAGCAGCAAGAUCUGGGCAGGAGGGCUGGUCGUGGGAGAGGUGUGCACCGAGCCCUCCCACUGGUCCUCCGUCAGCACCCUCCACCAGUGGCUCCUCAGCGAAGGCGUGCCCGGCAUCCAUGGCAUCGAUACCCGCUCGCUCACCAAGAAGAUUCGUGAGCAUGGAUCCUUGCUUGGGAAAAUCGUGGUCGAAGGAGGCGAAGAUCCUCCUCUCUCGGAUCCCAAUAAAGUGAAUCUAGUGGACCAGGUUUCCUUAAAGGAACCGCGCGUGUUUAAUCCUGACGGCGACGUGAGAAUAAUGGCCGUCGACUGCGGGUUGAAAUACAACCAGAUCCGCUGCCUGGUCAAGCGCGGGGCCAAGGUGACGGUGGUGCCGUGGAAUCACAUUCUGGACUCGGCUCAGUAUGAUGGUCUUUUCCUCAGCAAUGGACCGGGUGAUCCGCAGAUGUGCAAGCAGACACUGGAACAACUGCGGUCUGUUCUGUCAUCGGGCACAAAACCUAUAUUUGGCAUCUGUCUGGGGCAUCAGCUGCUGUCUGUUGCAGCUGGAUGCUCCACCUACAAGAUGAAAUACGGAAACCGCGGACACAACCAGCCGUGCGUGCAUGAGGGGACAGGGCGUUGCUUCAUCACGUCUCAGAAUCACGGGUUCGCUGUGGAUGCUGCCUCCCUCCCCCCGGAAUGGGCUCCUCUGUUCACCAACAAGAAUGACAACUCCAACGAGGGCAUUGUUCAUCGUACUCUUCCCUUCUUCAGCGUCCAGUUCCAUCCAGAGCAUGCAGCGGGUCCGGAAGACUUGGAAUCCCUCUUCGACCUAUUUCUCGACCUGGCGCGGCAGAGCGGACGGGGCGUGACCAGGGAGAACUGGGACAUGCCGAGUAUCAUCAACAGUCACCUGGCUUACACGCCCCUCCCCGACGUACCCCAGGCUGAUGUGGGUAGAGUUCCCAACAAGGUCCUUAUCUUAGGUUCGGGAGGCCUUUCCAUUGGCCAGGCUGGAGAAUUUGAUUACUCUGGUUCACAGGCAAUCAAAGCAAUGAAGGAAGAAGGCAUCGAGUCCGUUCUCAUUAAUCCAAACAUCGCUACCGUCCAGACAAGCAAGGGUCUUGCUGACAAAGUGUACUUUUUACCUAUAACGGCUUCGUAUGUUGAGCAGGUAAUCAAAUCAGAGCGUCCUGACGGAGUACUGCUGACCUUCGGAGGACAGACCGCUCUCAACUGCGGCGUAGAGCUGGAGAGAGCUGGCGUUUGGGCCAAGUAUGGGGUCAGGGUCCUUGGGACGCCCGUGACUUCAAUCGUCCAGAGUGAAGACAGGAAGAUGUUUGCUGAAGUCGUUGCUUCUGUGGGAGAGCGAGUGGCUCCUUCGGCUGCUGUGUAUUCUGUAGAGGAGGCCUUAGAAGCAGCAGAAAGGAUAGGUUAUCCAGUAUUAGCUCGUGCAGCAUAUGCUCUCGGUGGCCUCGGAUCUGGCUUCGCUGACACACCCCAAGAGCUUGCGAAAUUGGCGACUUCAGCUUUUGCGCAUUCUAAUCAGCUUAUUAUCGACAAGUCACUGAAGGGUUGGAAAGAAGUAGAGUAUGAAGUUGUACGAGAUGCUUUUGAUAACUGUAUUACGGUGUGUAACAUGGAAAACGUGGAUCCUCUAGGAAUCCACACAGGCGAGAGCUUCGUCGUGGCUCCGUCUCAGACCCUGACUAACAGGGAGUAUAACCUCCUUCGCUCCACGGCUUUGGCUGUUAUUAGGCGCCUCGGUGUGGUUGGAGAAUGCAAUAUUCAGUAUGCUUUGAAUCCCACUUCGGAGGAGUAUUAUAUUAUUGAGGUCAACGCUAGGCUGUCCCGCUCCUCCGCCUUGGCCUCCAAAGCGACAGGGUAUCCUCUGGCAUACGUGGCGGCCAAACUCGCCCUCGGGAAAGCCCUUCCAGACCUGACCAACUCUGUCACGGCCUCUACCACCGCCUGCUUUGAGCCCUCGCUGGAUUACUGCGUGGUGAAGGUGCCUCGUUGGGACCUCUCCAAGUUCAAUAGGGUCUCUACCAAGAUUGGGAGUUCCAUGAAAAGCGUCGGGGAGGUGAUGGGCAUCGGCAGGAGCUUUGAGGAGGCGCUGCAGAAGGCUCUGAGGAUGGUUGAUGAAACAACGAGUGGUUUCGAUCCCUACUGUAGUGAAGCAGAUGAAAACGAACUCCAACAACCGACAGACAAACGCAUGCUGGUUCUUGCAGCUGCUCUGAAGAAGGGUUGGGACGUUGAACAGCUGUACAGCUUGACCAAAAUUGACAAGUGGUUCCUCUAUAAAAUGAAGAAUAUCACCGAUAUGUAUGAUAAACUAGAGAGCCUCGUUGAUGAGGAACUUACUGAAGCGGUGUUGCAGCGUGCCAAACAACUAGGUUUUUCUGAUAAGCAAAUUGGAAAUGCUGUUCAAUGUACGGAUCUGGCUGUGCGUGCGUUGAGAGAGAAGCACAACAUCAUGCCUACGGUUAAGCAGGUUGAUACCGUAUCUGCUGAAUGGCCUGCUGCCACCAACUACUUGUAUCUCACCUACAAUGGAAACACUCACGACCUCGCCUUCCCGCCCGGUGCCACUCUUGUGAUAGGCUCUGGUGUCUAUAGAAUAGGAUCAUCAGUUGAAUUCGAUUGGUGUGCAGUGCAGUGCCUCAGGACUCUCCGCAAACUGGGGCAUCGGACAAUCAUGGUGAACUACAAUCCUGAGACUGUGUCCACGGAUUACGACAUGUGUGACCGUCUGUACUUCGACGAAGUGUCCUUUGAGGUUGUGAUGGACAUCUACAACUUGGAGAACCCCAAGGGUGUGAUCUUGAGCAUGGGAGGACAACUUCCGAACAACAUUGCCCUAGAUUUGCACCGCCAGAAAGCCCGCAUUUUGGGCACGUCACCCGAGUCCAUCGAUGGGGCUGAGAACAGGUUCAAGUUUUCGCGUAUGUUGGAUCGCAUUGGGAUCUCACAGCCACAAUGGAAGGAACUGACCAACCUCAAGUCAGCCCAGGCUUUCUGCGAAGAGGUCGGCUUCCCGUGCUUAGUGAGGCCGUCGUACGUGCUCUCGGGGGCGGCUAUGAACGUGGCCCAUUCGCCCCAGGACCUAGAGACGUACCUGAACCAGGCCGCGGCUGUUUCCAAAGAGCAUCCUGUGGUGAUUUCAAAGUUCAUUUUGGAAGCCAAGGAAAUAGACGUGGACGCCGUGGCCUCCGAUGGAGAGCUGGUGUGCAUGGCUGUGAGCGAGCACGUGGAGAACGCCGGGGUCCACUCGGGCGACGCUACCCUCGUCACGCCCCCUCAGGAUCUCAACUCGGAGACCCUCGCAAAGAUCACCUCCAUCUGCGCUGCCAUUGCCCGGGCGCUGGAGGUGAACGGGCCUUUCAACAUGCAGCUCAUUGCAAAGGAUAAUCACCUGAAAGUCAUCGAGACCAACCUGAGGGUAUCUCGAUCUUUCCCCUUCGUCAGCAAGACCUUAGACUUCGACUUCGUGGCUUGUGCGACCAAGGUGAUCGUUGGGGAGAAGGUGGCCGCCACGGACGUGUUGCGAGGCUGCGGCAGAGUUGGAGUCAAAGUGCCGCAGUUUAGCUUUUCUCGUUUGGCCGGUGCAGAUGUUAUGUUAGGUGUAGAGAUGGCGUCCACGGGCGAAGUAGCUUGCUUUGGGGAGAAUCGCUACGAGGCCUACCUGAAGUCCAUGAUUUCUACGGGCUUCGUCAUUCCCCAGCGCUCCAUUCUUCUGUCAAUUGGUAGUUACAAGCACAAGAACGAGUUGCUUCCGGCGGUCAGGACAUUGGCACAGAUGGGAUACAAAUUAUACGCAUCUUUAGGAACAGCUGACUACUACUCAACCCAUGGCAUACAGAUCGAGCCGGUGGAGUGGGCGUACGAGAACAUCGGCGAGACGCCCACCAAGGGUCAGCUUUCUUCCAUGGCCGAUUAUUUGGCCAGAAAGGAGUUCGACUUGGUGAUCAACCUCCCCAUGCGCGGCGGAGGGGCUCGGCGCGUGUCCUCCUUCAUGACCCAGGGCUACCGGACGCGUCGCAUGGCCGUCGACUUCUCCGUGCCGCUCGUUACUGACGUCAAGUGCGCCAAGUUGUUGGUUGAGAGUGUGCUUACACUUGAUGUCCUCCUCAAUUUUCCUGGUCGCCUACUUCGCAAGAUAGAUAGAAGUCAGUUGCGAAGGGUUGGCACAGUGUCAGUGGCACCUGCCCACGAGCUUGGCCCCGGCCCCGUAAAGCAGCGAGCUUGCAGCUCCUGGUUUCAGCGUUGGCAGGUUGCGAGGCAGCCUUGCGCUCUGCCCAUACGAACUAAAAGCCUGGCCCCAAAGCAGGAGGCGAAUGAAAGCGAAAGCAACGUUGAAUCAUGA